CCUGAUGAGUGGGGUAGUUUGUUAAGGUUUGUCGCCUGGAGAAAUUACUCUUAUAUGCUUCGCGCUGAGUCAGGAAUAAGACAUCAAGAUGAAGUUUAACCUUGCUUUCGUGGUCGCCUUCAUCGGCGUCGGAAUGGUAGCCGCCGAUGAGAAUCUGAUGAGUAAGCUGCAGAUGGCUCUGAAAUCAAUGCUCAAUGAAAACGAGGAACUGCAAAUGCAAAGUCGCGACACCAAGGGGCAAUGCGAAUCAGACACCAACAAGUGCAACAACCAUGGUACAUGUACUGAAGGCAGAUGGGGAACGUACUACUGCAAGUGUGUGAUGCCAUAUAGGGUGCGCGGUGCAGAUUCUUCUUGCUAUCCCAUAGAAACACGUGAGCAAGUGGCCCGUACAUAUCCCUCCUUUCGCCAGUGCAUCCAGGAAACCAACUACUGUGACGGACACGGCGGGUGUUUACCCGGUCCCAGGGACAGCGACGGCAGGUUCUGGUUCUCCUGCAAGUGCGGAGAAGGCUAUGAUGGGAACAAUAAGGGUGGAUGCUCACCCAUAGUCUUAGAAACACGUGAGGAAGUGGAGAUGCUAGCCCGUAAAUACUAUUCCUUGUCCGAGUGCAGCCAAGGAACCAACGACUGCAACGAAAACGGCGAGUGUGUGGAGAAAGACGGAAAGUACUGGUGCGAGUGCGGAGAAGGCUAUGAGGAGAACGAGGAUGGUGGAUGCUCACCCAUAGUCUUAGAAACACGUGAGGAAGUGGAGAUGCUAGCCCGUAAAUACUAUUCCUUGUCCGAGUGCAGCCAAGGAACCAACGACUGCAACGAAAACGGCGAGUGUGUGGAGAAAGACGGAAAGUACUGGUGCGAGUGCGGAGAAGGCUAUGAGGAGAACGAGGAUGGUGGAUGCUCACCCAUAGUCUUAGAAACACGUGAGGAAGUGGAGAUGCUAGCCCGUAAAUACUAUUCCUUGUCCGAGUGCAGCCAAGGAACCAACGACUGCAACGAAAACGGCGAGUGUGUGGAGAAAGACGGAAAGUACUGGUGCAAGUGCGGAGAAGACUAUGAGGAGAACGAGGAUGGUGGAUGCUCACCCAUAGAAACACGUGAGGAAGUGGAGAUGCUAGCCCGUAAAUACUAUUCCUUGUCCGAUUGCAGCCAAGGAACCAACGACUGCAACGAAAACGGCGAGUGUGUGGAGGAAGACGGAAAGUACUGGUGCAAGUGCGGAGAAGACUAUGAGGAGAACGAGGAUGGUGGAUGCUCACCCAUAGUAACACGUGCCACUGAAGUCGAUGACGACGAUUUCGCUGAACGUAAAAAGGAAAUCAUGCGACAACUGGCCGAGUUCCUCCAAGAAGAAUAAACCAUAGCGUACUAAGAGAGAUAGCUGUGGCACGAACGCGCCUGAAGCGGUCAAAGGUAUUAUCAUGGUGCGUCGUUCCCCUACGGAGAAUGUGUGAGGCUCCGUGAAAUGACUGGCCAAUCACAAGCAACUUCCAGUUACAUAACUAUCUCUGUUUUGCGAUGCCCGUUUUGGAAUCAAGAGCAUGUAGCUUGCUUAAUUUUCGUUUUUUGCCCUCUUCUUCUUCUUCUCCUCCUCCUUGGAUUACUUCUUUCAUUCUCUUUACCUUAAUGAAACCUUUACAUGAUUGUUAUCAUGAAUUAUGUUCAUCAUAAUGAUUAUAGAGUACCUUUAAUAGCAUUUAUAAAGCACCUUUCUUUCAUUUGAUGUAAACUUAAAAUCUGAAUAUCAAUAUGCGAUAUUACAAGUUGUAGAAAUGAUAGUCUAUUCAAUAUAAUCUUCAACUUUUGAUUAUUCUAGUCUUCCAGUUGCUGGAUUUUAUCAAAUUAAACGACCUAUGAAAGAAAA